CACUGUUUCACAAUUACCUACAAAAUUGAAGGACAACGACAGUACGACCUUCGCAGUGAUUCAGAAGCCGAAUGUAAUGCCUGGAUUGAUGCAAUUAAGCGAGCCAGUUACAGCAAAGUUCUGGAACAGAAAGAAGAACUAGAACAAAAACAUCUUCACUUGCUGCAGAUACUGGACAGUGAAAGACAAGCAAAAUGGCAUUAUGUUCAACAAACAGAAGAGUUAGUGCUUGAAGUGAAGAAGCUAAAAGAGGAGCUUCAGAAAUUCAGAAAAGAGGUUCAUGGCAGUCAUUCCAAAGUAGAUGAAGAAACAGACGACUUGAAGAAAAUAAAAAAGGUUCAAAGUUUCUUUCGAGGAUGGUUGUGUAGGCGGCGAUGGAAACAGAUUGUAGACCUAUAUAUCAGGUCCCCACAUGCAGAGAGUAUGCGGAAAAGAAACAGCAUAGUUUUCAGCAUGGUGGAGUGUGAAGAAGAGUACAAUAGACAGCUAUCAUGUCUGGUCACUUGCUUUCUCAGGCCUCUUCGCAUGGCAGCUAGCUCCAAGAAACCUCCUAUCUCACAUGAAGAUGUCAAUUCUAUUUUUUUGAACAGUGAGACGUUAUUGUUUCUGCAUCAAAUAUUUCUGAAAGGACUAACUGCUCGUCUAGAAAAUUGGCCUACUCUUGUUUUAGAGACUUUCCUCACAUACCCUAUGCACCAGAUUCCUAGAUAUAUAAUUACCUUACAUGAGCUUCUUGCACACACACCACAUGAUCAUAUUAUGCAUGAUGAAGUCAGUGAGACGGAGAAUAUUAGAAAGAAUCUGGCAAUUGAGCGCAUGAUUAUUGAAGGUUGUGACAUUCUUCUUGAUGUGAACCAGACAUUUGUUAGGCAAGGACCCUUGCUCCAAAUUCUGAACGAGAAAGGUAAAUCCAGUCGGGGGCGCCUUGGAUCAUUCAGCUCAUCCUUCAAGGAAAGUAAGAAAGAAAUUGUCCGUCAAGUGUUUCUCUUUACCAAUCACAUUUUACUGACUACCAGAGCGUCCAACGGCCGCUUGCAUUUAGCAAAGAACAUUGGGAAAAUUGUCCUGCUUGACUGCACUCUAAUAGAAGAUCCAAAUUCAGACAUAUUUUUCUUUGAUGAAGAGACAUCAUCCCUUGACUCCAACCUAAGUCUGGGAAGUCAAACAUCAGCAGCGAAUCUACUGCCCUUGCAAGGUGUGACUGAGCGUGAGGCCAAGACAGACUACAAUGGUCUUGAAUUUCGGCUCAUUGUGGACUCUAAGAGUGGUCCUCCUGUUACAAUAGCAUUGGUGGCCAGCACACUUCAUGAGAAGGCAGCGUGGUGUAGUGAUAUUAGUCAG